AGCAAUACACCCGACCAAUGCAUCUUGACCACCAUCCCGGUCAUUGCAACCUGUCCAGCAGAUGGUGGCCGGACAAUGUGGCCGUAACCUGUAAGGAACACCGCAACCGGUGCGCACGUGAUGUGGAGCGGCGUUGCCCCUUUGCGGCGCCGAAAGUCUCCCAUUGUUCUUCUCCCAUCCUCGCAACGACCGCUGUUCGGCUUCAUUCCUUUCUUCUUGCAUGUAUUUUAACUCUGGCUCUGUAUGAUCAGACUGCCUGCAUUGCCCGUCGCGCUCCCUUCAUCUCUGCCCCGAUCGCGUGCCUGAGUCCGCCCGGAUCGCUGUCGUGGCUUGAUUUCCGAUCGACGUAUCUACCUGGAUCCAAACUUCGAUCAUCCUUCGUUUACGGCCUACCCGUCUGUUCUUGUCUACCAUUGCUUAUAUCAUAUAACCUGUUUUAAUAUCUUCAAUUGACCUGCCGGGCCACACCAUGAAGAUCCACUCGCCGCUCCUCCUGCUCCUCCUGCCUGCACUUUCGACCGCGCUCACGGAUUCAAGUUCCGCCAACAGCAGCCUGAAGGAUGCUGUUCUCGCCGAGCGCGAAGCCUUGACCCCGAAUGCCGUCGAAUUAGAUGCCGUCACGGCCCCCAAGGCCGCCAAAGGGACGCUGGACGCCCCGAUCGACGGCAAGGAUGGUCGGCCACACGCUGGUCCCUGGGUGGAAACCAGUGCCGAGCGGGAUCGCAAGAAAACCGGCUCCACCACUUCGUUGGAGGAAAAGACCAAGACCGAUCCCACCGCUGCUGAACAACUGGGCCCCGAUGGAAACCCCAUUCCGUAUUCCAACGACGGUGUGAUGGAUGACCCCCAUCGGACCGGUCCCAAGGAGGGAACUCGUGGAACCGAGGGCGGCGUGUCGGAGAAGUUGAGGGAGCCAUACUCGAGCGAGAAGACUCCAGGCAGUCCGAAGGAGGCUCCGCCGUUGCCGCACAGCGAGUCGCAGAAGCUCCCGGUGUCGGAUGAGGAUGAGGUGAAGGACACCAAGAGCUCGGGCGCCGACUCGAACUUGGGCAAGCUGGAGAAACCCGCCGACUUGCCCGAUAAGCCGCACGACAUUCCCCCUCCCAAGUCGCCCGCCACGGUCAAAGACAGCCCCCUCGGUCUCGACAAGCAUGGCUCGACCCAGCCGGGUGAGCCGCUCGCAGAAGGAACGGCGUUCCAUUCGUUGUUGUUUUCCUUCACCAUGAUCAUCGUCUCGGAGAUUGGCGACAAGACCUUCCUGGUGGCCGCACUCAUGGCCAUGCGUCACCCCCGUCUGCUCGUCUUCUCGGCCGCGUUCAGCGCCCUGAUCUUCAUGACGGUUCUUUCGGCGGUUCUGGGGCACGCGGUGCCUACCCUGAUCCCCAAGUCGGUGACCAAGCUGUUGGCCGCCGUUUUGUUCCUCGUGUUCGGUCUGAAGAUGCUCAAGGAAGGUCGCGAGAUGUCGCCCGACGAGGGUGUCGGCGAGGAAAUGAAGGAGGUCGAGAUGGAACUGGAGGAGAAGGAACAAGAGCAGCGCCGUAUGAGCCGUCGUCGCUCUUCGGUGACGCCCCAUUCCCUGGAGGCUGGCCGCGUUGGACGACGCAAGUCGCGUUCGUCUGGCAACCGUCUCCCGUCGCCUCCGGAGAGCGUCUCGUCCUCGUCCUCGCGCGGCUCAUCUCCAUCCCGUAACCGCUUGAACGACGUUCUCGUUGGCAUGAACAACCUCUUCUCGCUUCUUCUCAGCCCCGCCUGGGUCCAGACCUUUGUCAUGACCUUCCUGGGCGAGUGGGGUGACCGUAGUCAAAUUGCCACCAUUGCGAUGGCCGCCGGUCAGGAUUACUGGUGGGUGACGAUCGGAGCCAUCUCCGGACACGGACUCUGCACUGCUGCAGCCGUCAUUGGUGGCAGUGCUAUUGCUGGCAAGGUCAGCAUGCGCGUUGUCACGCUGGGCGGUGCCACGGCAUUCUUGGUCUUUGGUGUCAUCUACAUGUUCGAGGCCAUCUACUAGACCUGUUCUUGCUAUGUUGGCGGUUUCUUAGUAUAGAUUAUGCGAUAAUGGUGCAUGUACUUUCAUCCGUGCCUGGCGUUAGGCAACGACUACGGAGUUUGAUUCUGACAGUUGCUCCUAUGAAAACAAUCUAACGCGGCAAUACCG